AUGGCCAUGCGGGAGAUCUGGUCCGGACCGCAGUUUAAAAUGUUGAUACUGCUCACCGUGACCGUUGUGCUGGCUCUGGUAUCUCCUUCGUCGGAAGAGCCGUACAGUGGUGGAGGUGGCGGAGCACGAGGAGGUGGAUAUUUUGGAGCUGAAAAUCGAUGCCCACGGCUUUGUUCCUGCACUGGUACGACGGUGGACUGUUCGCAUCGCGGAUUGACCCAGGUGCCCCAGAAGAUACCACCGGAAACUGAUAGACUGUAA